GGGAAGCUAAUAGGGUAGAAGGCAAAAAGGGAAAAAUUAAUCACCAAACAUAUUUUUUUUUCUUUUCAGAGCUCAGACGAAACACAGGUUAUAAGGGCAGUAUCUGUGCAACAGCAAAGUCUCACUUCUGCUAAGAGUACAAGUAAGGAGCCAACAAACAGAGAAGUGCAGCACUCCCAGCUGGAAGGCAAAAUUCCUGGACUAUCUAGCCCUUGAUUCUGCCAUGGUCAUGAAAACAACUGGCUCAAAGAAAUACUUCCAGCUGCUCCUUUUUCAGGUUGCUCUUCUAUGGCCUGUCUUCUGUGGGAAGAUACUGGUUUGGCCAACAGAAGGCAGCCACUGGCUGAACAUGAAUGUAAUUAUACAGGAGCUUAUCCGCCGUGGGCACAGCUUUACCAUCUUGGUAUCCAACGCUACCCUCUUCAUUGAACCCAGGCCUAAAGCCACAGAGAAUUUUGAGACCUAUAAUGUGCCCUUCAAAAAAGAUGUUCCUGAGAGCCUGAUUAAUGGAGUAGUGGAUCUAUGGCUCAACAACAGGCCAACCAUCUUGACCUUCUGGCAGUUUUACAAGGAGCUGGGAAGACUGUCUGUAAGCUGGCAGGAGAUGAACAAGAUGAUGUGUGACGCAGUGCUGACCAACAAAGAGCUGAUUGCUCGUCUGCAGGGGUCUGGCUUUGACCUGCUGCUGUCAGACCCCGUGACCCCCUGUGGGGAACUCCUGGCUCUCAAGCUGGGGAUUCCCUUUGUCUACUCAUUACGUUUCUCCCCAGCCUUCACUCUGGAAAGGCACUGUGGCAAGAUUCCAACCCCACCAUCCUACACACCUGCAGCCCUGUCUGAGCUCACUGACCGCAUGUCUUUUGGGGAGAGAGUAAAAAACUUUGUGUCUUACCACCUGCAAGACUACGUUUUCCAGAGCUACUGGGGACAUUGGGAUAUCUACUACAGCAAGGUGUUGGUCUGGCCCGCUGACAACAGCCACUGGCUGAACAUGGAGCACAUACUACAGGAGCUUGUGGUUCGGGGCCACGAAGUGACUGUGCUGCUGCCUUCGUGCUUCCUCAUCCUCAAUCUCACACAGCCCUCACCCUUCCAGUUUGAGGUGAUUGAGGUGCCAAUCACCAAAAAGGAGAUGGGUGACUUAAUGGAUGAAAUUUUGUAUUUUUUUUUUUAUGAGGAGAGAGAGCUACCUAUCUGGAAAGGUGCUUACAAGAUAGCUCAAAAGAUAUUGCAGAUGAAGAACAUAACCAAAAUCAUUUGUGAUGGAGUUGUGAAGAAUGAGGCCCUGAUGGAAAGACUGAGGGCAUCCACCUUCGAUGUCCUUUUGGCAGACCCACUGUCACCCAGUGGGGAGCUGGUUGCUGAGAAGCUGGGUAUCCCCUUUGUGUAUACCUUCCGGUUCUCCAUGGGCAACACAGUGGAGCGGCUCUGUGGAACACUCCCAGCACCUCCCGCCUAUGUACCAACUACCCUAACCAGCCUAACAGAUAGGAUGACCUUCUGGCAAAGGCUAAAAAACAUCCUCAGCUACACUCUGCAGGAUUUCGUAUUUCAUUACAUUCUCUGGGCAAGCUGGGAUCAAUACUACAGUGAAGUUUUAGGAAGGCCCACAACCCUGUGUGAGACGAUGGGGAAAGCAGAGAUUUGGUUAAUCAGAACAUACUGGGAUUUUGAAUUUCCACGCCCUUUCCUGCCCAACUUUGAGUUUGUUGGAGGACUUCAUUGCCAGCCUGCAAAACCAUUACCAAAGGAAAUGGAAGAAUUUGUUCAGAGCUCAGGGGAACAUGGUAUCAUCGUAUUCACUCUUGGGUCAAUGGUCUACAACCUGAGUGAUGAAAAAAGUAACGUGAUCGCCAAAGCCCUCAGCCAGCUUCCACAAAAGGUCCUCUGGCGGUACAAAGGGAAAAAGCCAGAAACUCUAGGCUCCAACACCAAGAUUUAUGACUGGAUACCACAAAAUGACCUGCUUGGCCAUCCAUUGACAAAGGCCUUUAUUACGCAUGGUGGGACCAAUGGGCUCUAUGAAGCCAUCUACCAUGGGAUCCCAAUGGUUGGGAUUCCCAUGUUUGCUGACCAGCAUGACAACAUUGCUCACAUGGUAGCAAAAGGAGCUGCAGUUCAGGUGGAUUUCAACACAAUGAAGACGCAGGACCUGGCUGAUGCACUGAACACAGUCAUUUACAAUUCCACCUAUAAGGAAAAUGCUCUAAAGUUAUCCAAGAUACAGCAUGACCAGCCUGUUAAGCCUCUGGACAGAGCUGUCUUCUGGAUUGAAUUUGUAAUGCGUCACAAAGGAGCAAAGCACUUGAGACCAGCUGCUCACCAUCUCACCUGGUACCAGUACCACUCCCUGGAUGUUCUGGCAUUCUUGUUCACCUGUACAGCUACUAUUGUCUUCAUUCUUUUCAAGUGCUGCCUAUGUUGCUGUAGAAGAUGUGGCAGGAUAGCAAAGAGGAAGAAAGAAUAGAGACCUUGUUCCCAUCAGCGGUUUUCUUCUCCUAGGCUGAUUCAACAAGGCAUUUAUGCACAUUCUUUGGUGAACAAGUUUAUUGGGAUAUGCUUUAAGCUGGGCAUGUCACAAAUGCACUGUAACAAAGCUGUUGUGGGGCAGAGUUGCUUGCUUAGCCAGCACAUUUCUUCUAGUCUAAAUAAAAUUGAAUUAUAGUUGCUUUAUCCCUUGGGACCAUAUUAGCUGAUCACACAUGGUCCUUGCCAUGGUAAUUGCCGCUCUAAAUUUUCAAAUAUCUCAAAUAUUUUGGUAUAUUUAAUAAAUUCAGCCUUGCCCUGUGUGGUACUGUGGGUCUCCAACUAAGCUCUCUAUCCUAAAUCUGUCUUCUCCUCUAGCAUCGUGCAGGCUUGAUCCCUGAUUCACAACCAAAAUGUCUCCUCUCCUGUCAGAAAAGCUCUCUCCAGACUAGACAGUGAAUCCAAGAUCAUGGGCUCCUAAAAUGCACCCAUCUGAAGUGCCACAAUCAUGAAAACUGGGAGCUGCAAGUGGCAAUUACACUGACUGCUUGGGGGCUAAUGGGAGACUAGAAUCCUAAGACCAUGAAAAAAAUCACUUUCCUGGGAACCAUUUCUCUUUCCCAUUCAGUCUGGAAUUCCUACUGCACAGGCUAUCAUUCUGACUGGAACACUGCAGGGGUGUGAACACCACCUCUGUGAGGAACAUGCUGUUCUUAACCCCCAAACACCACUGAGCCAUGCUAACUGAUAAAUGCAGAAAAAACUCUAUAAAGGGAACUUGCAAAGAAGUAACAUUCCAUGUGGGAACAGUGCCAAUAGCCACUUGCCUUGUCCAAAAAGUAGGAGAGAAAAUAGUGCUGCACUUGGGUCAGAUAAGAGUGGUAGUAAAUGCAGUACUUCUUCAGGUGUUAAAGACACCUGUAAAAUGCUGCUAGCUAGUCUAGGCCUCCUGUUCUAAGUAAGGUUAUUUCACUGUUGUGCCAGCUUACUCAAUAUAAAACCCACUCAAAUUUUAACUGGUAUUUUUAAAUACUCCGGAAUUGUUUUCAAACAGAACAUGAUUAUUUGUUUACAUAAAAAAAUUCCUUAUACCACAUGAACUUUUUAUUAGUAUUGUCAGGUUUCAACAUCUGCUUAAACUUCUUCAUACUACAACACGUAGUAAAAAGUUCUUGAAAAGUUCAACUGUUUCCAAACCAAACAGGGGUUACGAGAAGACUACUGCAUCUUAUGGCAAUUUCUGGCAUACUGUUGUAUGUUUCUGUUCCUGUUGUCAUGAUGGGAUCAUAACCAGGAAUAUGCACAGUGAAUAGAAAGGGGAACCACAUGACACCAGGGCCCCAGAUCAGAAAGGGGUUGCUGUAGCAGUUACGGGAGGUGGGUGGGUCCCUAAGCACAGCUCCAUCAAGCUGGACCACUAUGAGCCUGUCACCCAGUUGAUGAGAUGUUGGUUUGGAUGCCAAAAGCCAGCAAGCCUCCCAGCAUGCUGCAGAGGUAUUGGUGAGACAGGGCUAACAAAGGAGACUGUUAAAAGGAUAGAUGGGAAAAGCUGGACAAAGUGCUGCAAAGUCACUGUAAGCAGCUGCUUCAUUUCAGUAACCUACUCAGAGAAAUUUGGCUUAUCUGGUAUUGAAUUUAAAAAUGAAAAAACCAACCAACAAAAAAAACCCAAAAAUGCUCAAACAAAACCAACACCCCCUCUUCAUUUUAGAGUCUGUAUAUAUGCAGAGAAAUGUAUCAAAAUAUGGGGGUGGUCUAUGAUGCAUUUCUCAGUAAGACACAGAAUGUACUCUAAAUUUGACAGACUGAUCUAAACCUCCAGCUAGCAGGCAAUACUUCUCUGCGCACAAUAAACCGUGUUGAGGAAUCCAAACACAUAUUCAGCCUCUUGUACUGCUUAAAUAAUCCAAACGUACAUUAGAGGUCUAACUUUUUGUUUAACACAUGUAGAUGUUUACUGUGAUUGUAGACUAAAAUAAACAGAGCACAAAUUACAGCCAUAUCAAAAAAACCUCACAUUUCCACAAAUGCCACACAGUAGCCAGUCCUACACUGCCUUGUAUAAAAAUAGCUGCAGCACUCAGUAGGGUGGAGUUGAAGGUGUUUAAAGCACAGUCCGGAUUUAUUAUAUGAGAAGACACUGAAGGAAGUUUAUGAAGAAGUCCACCAAGGCAGUGGUACUCCUACAAGUUUUGGAAAGUUGGAAAUUGCUGGAUAAACUGAAGAACUUUUACUACAAGUUUUACUUCCCGCCCCCCAGUUUUACCAUUUGCAUUUGGGUUAAAGUAUUUCUGAUUUAAGAGCAGUAAUAAGCGAUCACUAGAAAGAACACUUGUGCAGAUUCUGGAUCUUGCUGGACUAACACAUUCCUGAGACAAGUAGGUUGUGGUUGAGGACAGCCUCUCAACAGCUUCAAGAUCAUAUGAUUAAGCUGAACAUGUAAGGCCUUAAUAACUCUGAUAAGCUGCAGGCUACUUCACCACAGAAACAAAAAUGCAGUUACCUUUUAUAUCAGCAGUCCUUUUCCUAAAUACAGGCUUCAGAUUAAUUUCAAUUACCAUAAAGAACAUCUGAACUAUUUCCAAACACAGAUCUUUUCCUAGAACUGCUGGAAUCUAGCAAAGCUGUCAAGCUUAGAAAACCAAGAAGCCCAACAUGGAGUUUUAAACAUUUCAAUAGUUACCAAUUUAUUUUUAUAAAAAAAAAAGGUAGCAAUGUAGGAUACAGCAGUAUUUUCUGGUUCCACGCACGCAGGUUGUGAACAUUCCAAGCAAUGUGUACAUUUUGGAAA